AUGGCGCCAAAGAACUCACCACCCUCAAAGGGAAAAGAAGCAGUCAAGGACCUGAAGGCCUCGGCAAGUCCCAUCGCUGUGGCUCAGGCACAGGUAGCGCAGACGUUCGGCAAGCUAACGGAUGUGAUACAAGAGUUACAAGAUGCGGUCGAGAAGGAGCGCGUGGCGGUGGACACGGACAAGCUCAACAAACCAGGCCAUGGCGCCCACAACUUUGGUCAGCCCAUCCUCCCUUUGGGCGACCUGAAAGGCAGAAUCGACGACACGAUGACCAACGCGCUGUAUGCCUUCAUCGACAAGUUCAACCAGUUUCCCAAGGCCGCCGGCAUCCCCCAGCUGCUGCUGCCGCGGUUGUUUCUGGAAUGCUUCAACGACGUCCAGGAACAUUACCGCCAGUUCAUCGAGCCCAUCUUGUUUCCCAACGGUUCGAAGACAAAUCCCGCCCUACUACGCGACCACCUGUCCAACAACUACCAGGAACUCUUUCUCCUGACGCCGAGCGAGAAACGCAACCGCACCGUCCAGCAAAUUCUCGGCAAUAUUGGUGGGCACCUUCGUACUCAACGCCCUUUUGCAGACAAUGACCUUAAUUGGGUCAUCAAUGAGACCGGUCUAGAUGCGCUAGUACUCAAAUACCGGGAGAUAAUGGUCCACGUGCGCCUUCAACCAACUCCGACAACCUUCAGCGCUGACUGCGGGAUGUUCCUGGAAGUAGUGAAGAAAAAUAAGUUCUUCAAUUCCAAGGCACCCACAGCCGCCGGGGUGCAGCCUUUCGACCCCAAACAUCAUUCGUCAUCCGUAGACGCCAUGGGCACUAUCGAAGGAGACUUGUGCGUUGUGGUGUUUCCCGGCAUGGAAGUGGGCGGGGCGAGGUGGGGCGCUCGCGUACGCUGGUUCGACGAAAAACGCGUCCACGGCGCGGAACGCCUUGUCGACUGGGAGAAACACUUGAAAUACUCGGCCACCGCCUGA